AUGGUCAUGCAAAAGCUGAGACCAUGGGCGCCCCCUCUGACGGAGACGCUUGACUCCCGGUUCCUGGGACGGGUGAUGGGGACCCUAUUCCCGGUUGGGGGGGACAACCCCAUCACCCAGUACGUAACCCCAUCCCCCGAACAACAGGGGGAGGUUCCGGGAGUCACCGAGGAGGAGGUGGCCGAGGCUACCAAUAGGGUCAAGAGCAGAAAAGCUCCGGGACCCGAUGAGGGCAAGCCGGAGGAUUCCCCCUCCGCGUACCGGCCCAUAUGCCUCCUGGAUGAGGCGGGCAAGCUCUUCGAGAGUAUAAUAGCGGCCCGCCUCAAGAGGCAUAUGUCCCGAGAGGGUCCUGACUUAGGUGACGGCCAAUAUGGCUUCCGAGAUGGCAGAUCAACUAUAGAUGCGGUAUUGCAUCUGAAGUCCCUCUCGGGGGCCAUAGUGUCGGAGGGCAGGGUGGCAGUCGCGAUAUCAUUAGAUAUCGCGAAUGCGUUUAACACCCUGCCCUGGGGUAGGGUGGUGCAAGCGAUGAGAGGUUAUUUCCGCUUCCCACCCUACCUCACGGCCGUCAUAGAGGACUACUUCCGGGGUCGGCGUCUCAUGUGGACGGACGCCGAUGGCACGGGGAGAGACUGGGGGGAAGCCGUUCACACCGCGAACCUAGCGGUGGCGGCGGUUGUGCGCUCCAUCCGCAACCUGGGCCUGGUGGUGGCGGAAAGGAAGACCGAGGCGAUCUUCCUACACGCCAAGGGCAUGAAGCCACCCCAGGCCCAUGUCAGGAUAGGCCAAUUCAAGGUCCCCAUAGAGGCCCAGAUGAAGAUGAUUUCCGUCAACCUGGGCAGGUUAAUGCCCAAUGUCGGGGGACCAGACAUGAAGGCACGUCGCCUCCACGCAGGAGUCCUCAACUCGGUGGCCAUGUACGGAGCACCGGUGUGGGCCGAGUCGCUAGCCGCCAGUCGCCCGAUGCAAGCGCGAUUGCGCAGAGUGCAAAGGGGGCUGGCGGUCCGGGUAGCGAGGUGCUACCGUACCGUCUCCUGCGUGGCGGCGACAGUCCUGGCGAGCAUGCCCCCUAUGGAGCUCGUGGCCCUGUCGUACAAACGCAUGUACGACAGGAAGCGCGAGCUCCUAAGAGCAGGGGGGGCGGACGUACCGCUCGCCAGGGCAAUCCGGGAGAUGAAGCACCAGACUCGACGGAUCCUCCUCGAAAGAUGGCAGAGGUAUCUGGCCAAUGCCAG